AAUAUGCGAGCCGUUCACCACGAUGAGCCAGAGAGCAGCGAAACACCCGCUCCACACACUACACACCGCUCUACAGUGUUUGGACAGACUCGAUUCUUAUACACUGGCUCGGUCAUAAAUUAAAGCGAUCGGCCUCUACAGAGGUUGAAACUCAAGCUAGACGAAAUUAGAUACGGCUUGGAAAUCAGGUGGUCUGAAUAUAAGCAGAAGGAGCAUCGCUGAUCACGGACACUGGAGCUAACGCUGGGAGGAUACAGGUGUGGGUAAAAGCGUGUGCAGUGACAGCAUUCUACUGCCGCAUACCCCAACACGGCGAAGCGUCUCGGAUACACAGCUUAGUGUUAAGGAUUUGCUGUUGGUGUAUUAAUCUUUUCACCUGACACUCGCCGACUGCUGUGUCGCACCUUUAUGACUUACCUGUUUUAGACGCUCGCUACCUGUGUUUGUCACCUGUUUCACUGCAGCCGCAGCAAAGGUGUGUAGGGCGUGACUUAUGUAGCGGCAGGUUACCCUCACAAUACUUCAGAACGUGGUAGCUCUUCAUCAGCCAUCAUCUACCUGUGUUUGUCUUACCUGUGACUCUACCUGUGGACAUGAUUAUAACGCAGCCCUCCCAGCUGUCGCCCGUGUCCCCACUCCCAACAGAUUUGUCAAAAUGCAGCGACACGGAUCUGGGGCUGUAUCUCUCUCAAAGGAUGGAGCUGGUGUGGCAUGGGGAGUACGACCGCCUUUUCUCCCAGUACUUCCCCCACCAGUGGUACCUCGUCCCCACCUUCUACCCACCGAGCGAACGAUGGAGGACCUUCAAGGAUAGCGCCAAAGUGCGAUUUUCCUGUCAAGAGUGCGGGCAUGGUUGGACGUCGAUGAAAGGACGUGUCAUCUUCUGGUUCCACCUGAAUUACGCCACAAACUCCGGCUACGUCCUCUUCAAGCUUUACGGCCAGCAGUGCCAGAAGUGCAAGAAUGGGUCCUAUGAACACGCCAUGUGGUACCCAGAAGAAGUUGUCAAGGUCAUCGGCAACGUGUACAACCGAGUCGGCCAGCUCUACUACGGCUUUGUACGCCCGCCACUGAGAAUAGACAGACGAGCCGGGAAACCAAGGAACCAACACAACGCCGAGCUAUGCCAAGCAUGUAAAGAGGGACUCUGCAAAGAAGAAUGGUCAUUCUCAUGACGUCACCAUGACGUCGCCUAGAUACUUGCUCACAAUCAAAAUCAUUCGAAUUUCCUCGGUAAAUUCCGACAAAGUCCGAAGUUGGUUUCAAUCGGAAUGACCACAGGCACAAUAUGUUUGAAUUGCCGAGGUUUUCCGAACGACUGGAAACUUGUUAGGAAUGCAAUAGUUUAGGUCCAUAUGAUAUCCUGAGGCUGCCUGGAGGGUGCGUGCGUGAGUAAAAGUAACUGAGUGAGUAAAAGUGUUUAGUAAAAGCUCACGAUCACAAGCGUCUAAUCUGUCCUACUUUUAAUUUGAGAGUUGUUUGAGUGGACACGACCGCCAAAGAACGUUCUGGACGAGUUUCACUUUGCUUGCUAAAUGGCAUAAUCUAUGCAGUAUCCAACAUCGUCGAUGUUUACCGGGUUCGAAUCCAUUACGUUCCUCUAUCACCCGUGAACUGCGGUGUAAUAAUGACGAGAGUUAGUUACAGUCGACCGGCGAAAUAGAACAUUGUGUAUCUCAACGAAGUCAGAAGAAGCCAACUUAUUGCAGGACUUUUAUAUCAGCGAACCCUACCGUAUUUAAUCCCAAACAAAGAAACAGUCUCGAUUAACCGCCAUUUGGCGUAAAGUCAAAAUAGGGGUAAUAAUUAUAUGAAUAGAUAACUGUGUGUGCAGUAGAUGACUGAAAGGGCACGUGCUGCACGAGACAUGUUACCUUUAGUUAGAUGUAACCUGAGCGCUCAUUGGUCAGAGCUCUCGUUAGUUUCCCCGUCCCUUGAACCAGACCUGUUCCGCUGUUUGAUAGGUUGGUGAAUAUCAUCGACUGCAGCGUACAGGCCCAAUGAAUUCACGGUGAUGGAGGAAGGUGGUGUAUACAUUCCCGUUAGGACAUUGAUGAUAAGGACUGCAAUCGCUUCUGUAUCUCACACUGCUUAUGUAUAAAUAUUAGCUAUCAUAAACCAAACUCAUCCAUCAGAUGACUUUAUUCAACGUUCUUGUAUACGCUUACAUUUGUCACUUGAAAAAAUCAUAAAAAUCUACAUAUGUGCAUAUCCCCUAAGAACAUAAAAACUACUUGUUUUGUAACUUUUUCUACAAAGCAAGUUCUGCAUUUGCGUAUCGUGCUUUCAUAAACUCAUGAUCACACAAUCCUCUUGAUUAAGGCGAUUACUGUGUACAAUGAAAUCCCUUUAAACCGGUCAGUUUCGUUCAAACCAAUGAAAAAAUCCAAA